UCAAAUAUUCAACACACACAUGCACACACACUCAAAAGAGGAACAGUCGGGUAGCGACUCAGAAAUCAUGUGACUGAUGACUAAGUUAAAUCUUUUCUGCUUAUUAAAAGGGAAGAGUCUGAUGAUUAGUUACUGAUUCUCCUUACAUUUUUAACAUUUUGGAGAUAUUGAAGCAUGUUUCCAUUUAUGCUGUUUUCCACCUUGUUUUCUUCCAUAUUUACUGAACCUAGGGAGAAAAUGUGGAUCUGCAAUUCCUCUGAUGCAAGUCUUUGGUACAACUACUGUGAUGACAUGAAAUUCCCUAUUUCAGUAAAGGUUGAGCCCUGUGUAACAAUAAAGGGAACCAAGGGGAAAUUGCAUCUUUACUACAUUGCACGAAGAGACAUACAAAAAUUAUAUCUCAACCUCCAUAUAUCUAUUAAGUCCAUGACUUUACCAAUGCGCAAAGAAGUUAUUUGCCGAGAAUAUGGUGGUGAUUAUUCUUUUUGCGGAGCUCUGAAGGGAGAGACUGUGAAUACAACAAUACCAUUCUCCUUCCAGGGAAUACGAUUUUCUCCGGGACAAUACCAUUGUGUUGUAGAAGCCAUCUCUGGGAAUAGUGAAGAAAUGCUGUUUUGCCUGAACUUCACCAUCAUACAUUACUCCAGUUUAAAUUAGAAUAAAUCAAAUGAAGGAGAUAGAGAAGC